AUGUUGAUCUCUCGCGAACGCCUCCUGGCCCUGGCAGCAGCGGCAGCUUUGCAAUUUCCUGUCUUGGUUGCAGCCCAAGACCUCAAGGAGCAAGUCUGGUCGGUUUUCGCAUAUACACUUCACGGGGAUAGUAUCCCGAACGCUCUGCCUCGCCCGAGAGCGUUGACUCCGUACGGAGCAAGUGAAUUGUAUGCCGCCGGGUCCGCAUUUCGAGACCGCUAUGUUGCCAUACAUAGCAACGGGAGUGGCGUGGGAACAAGAAUACCGAGCCUAUCUCCGUACGCACUAGAAGCCGAGGAGAUCUCCGUUCUUUCAAGGGCCGAUCAGCCAGCCGUGGCAUCGGCCCAAGCUUUCAUGCAGGGCCUGUAUCCGCCUCUCGGCCAGGUUUACGAUGGGCAAUUCUAUGACCCUUCUUUCGUGCUCGCUAAUGGGUCUUUAUCUCGUGCUCCUCUGAACGGAUAUCAGUAUCCUCAAGUGAUCACGGUGGGCUUAGCAGAUCCUCAAUCGAUCAUUGUGGACGGCCAGUUUGGAUGUACUCUUCACGAAGUAGCUGACUUGGAGUACAAAUUCAGCCCUGAGGUGCAGGAACUUACGCAAGAGUCGGAGGAAUUCUACGGCCACUUGUACAGCCAAUCCUUGAGGGGAGUAUAUGAUCUCUCCUCGGCCAAUUAUGCCAACGCCUUCUACAUAUCGGAAUUCCUUGAAUAUGAGUUAUUGCACAAUAAAUCAUUAUUGUCCCAUUUGCAGCGAGAGGAUGUCGAACGUGCACGAUGGUAUGCAGAUCACUAUAUGUACGCAACGAACGGCAACCUAUCCUCGUCGGAACUCAGUGUAUCCAAUGACAUACGCACAAUUGCAGGGAGAACCCUGGCGUCGCAUGUUUUGGAAGCUUUCGACACCAACAGCCAAUACCGCGGAGCUAACAGCAAGAUGAGCCUUGUUUUUGGAGGCUCGGAACCCGCUGUGGCUCUUGCUUCGCUCAUGCAGCUCGCAUCGUCGAGCCAGGAGAACUUCUACUCGCGUCCUGACCUCGGGGCGUCGCUCGUCUUCGAACUGUUUAGCCUCGAAGCUGAAGGAGUCCCGACAUACCCGGACCAGUCUCAGCUCUACGUGCGAUUUCUCCUGCGUAACGGAACAGGAACCUCCGCCGAAUUUCGGUCCUACCCACUUUUUGGGCACGGUCCAAGUAAUGAUGCGAUCCCAUACUCCGAGUUCCACGCGCAGAUGGAGAAGUUUUCUCUUGGUUCGACUCAGCAGUGGUGCCUCGAAUGCGGAUCGUCGGCUGUGUUCUGUUCCGGAGUGAUGGGCAAGGCUAAGAAGACAUCUACCUCCGACAACAGGUUAAGUCCGGCUAUUGCUGGCGUGAUUGGAGCUGUGGUUACAAUCGUCGCUCUAGCACUGGCUGCCAUACUCUUUUUCCUCGUGCGUGGGUUCCGUAUGAGACGUAUGCGCAGAUCAAGCGCUGGAGGGUUCAAGGGUAAUAGCAAGAUGGCAAGCGAUGCUGACCUUACCGCCAAAAAUUCUACGCAUGAGGAUGUUAAGCCAGCAGAGAGCCCAGAUAGGGAGACAUUUGGGGCUGGAGGAGCAGUUGUCUGUGGUCAUGAGCGGACUGGAAGCUGGGAGAUGGGGUCGACUCUUACUGGGAAUCGGACGACUGCACCUCCUUUCGAAGACGAACAUGACGAUACCUGGAAUAUUCACAGCAUCCUUAAGCCAGUCCAGGCUCGGGAACAUGUUUGA